AAAAUCUUCACGGAGAAUCAUGGCUAAAUUCAAUCGAUGAAGCUAAGUUUGUGGAGAUGCAAUCUGGGAGGUACAAGAUGCCAUGCGAUCCCAUGGGUUGACUUGGUGCAGUCUUCUCACGAUGUUUGUGUUUUCACGUCUUCAGCAUCUUUCUUUCUUCGUCUCGGUGGUCUUCCCAUUCGCAUCCGCGCUUUCGAAUACGGAUACCUCGUUGACGCUCUUGUACCAGAAUAAUCUGAAUGCUUCGGAUGAUGUCAAUCAUGUGGGAUUUAUUCUUCUAGAUCCUUACUCCCCCAAAGAUGCACCCGCCGCAUGUGGCGCGUUGAACGAAACGCUGCUCACAAGUCGCACUAUCAAAAGCCAUACGUCGGAUUUUCUCCUCCCGCUCUCAUAUCAAGCAUAUCGUGGUCGCUCGUCGGCUUCUCAGUUGUACAUUAUUGAUAAUGGAGUUAUUUCCUACGAUGCAGUUCACGGAUUGAGCUUCCCGAAAUCGACGUCUGGUAAUGCUAAACUGCCGGUUCUCUGUACUCAGUCUAGCGAGGAAAGUCAGCCCGGAACAGCCGUUGCUACAGACGCUAAUGAGGUUUCGCUUGCCGCGGGUGGGAAUACAUAUAUUGGAUUCCGCAACCAGAAAUCGUUCCGCUUUCUCGGUAUCCCGUAUGCGGAUCCGGCCGCGAGAUUCGUCUACUCCACGCCGUACUCGGCGACCGGCAAAACGAUCCAAGCAACGGAGUAUGGGGCGCAGUGUCCGCAAGCUGGGGGCGGGAGCGAGGAUUGUCUGUUUGUCAAUAUACAAACUCCGUAUAUCCCCAAGGCGAAAUCGACAAAGUAUUUGAGACCGGUCAUGUUUUGGAUUCACGGUGGUGGGUUUGUGGGGGGGAGUGGUGCUGACCAGUUGAGUGAUGGGGGGGAUUUGGCGAGUAGAGAGGAUAUCGUCGUUGUGAAUGUUAACUAUCGACUUUCGGUUUUUGGGUUCCUGGCGAUUCCGGGGACUAACAUUACGGGGAAUUACGGAAUUGCGGAUCAAAUUAAUGCGCUGGAGUGGACAGUGAAGAACAUUGCUGCUUUUGGAGGAGAUCCAAAAAGAAUCACAAUCAUAGGUGAAUCCGCCGGUGCAGGAUCUGUCCGCACACUUCUAGGCUCACCACCCGCAAUCGGAAAAUUCCAAGGCGCAGUAGCCAUGUCCAAUCUGGGUGGUGGCGUCGACCUAGGUCUUUCCGGCGACUACGCAACCACCUACUCUACAUAUCUCAGCAUCCCCGAAUCCUACGCUCUCGCCGGGCAAAACAUUUUCCUCGCAGCAGGAUGCAACCAGGCGAGUUUGUCUGCUCAAAUUGCGUGUUUGAAGAAUGUGCCCGCUUUAGCUUUAGUCGCGGUCGGUUCUGAGGCACGAUAUGUCGUCCAGGAUGGUCACUAUGUCAACACCUCCGAACUCGACCUCGUGAAUCGCAAUGGAAGCACCGCGCACGUCGAUGUGAUAUUCGGCGUUACGGCCAACGACGGCGCGUCCAUCGGCACCAGCUACCCGUCCACCCCCGUCACAUCCGAAGUCUCCGGCAUCGCGGCCUCCCUCGGCAUCUCAUCUUCGUAUGCGCAAUCCAUCAUCGACAGCGGCCUCUUCCCCUUCUACGACACGGGCAAUCUCACGCUGGACGCCUUCAACGUGUCGCAGCGCGUGGCCACCGAUAAAGAUUUCCGCUGCGUGGACCAAGCGACCGUGUACGCAGGCUCCCACAACGGGGUUUUCAAAUCGAGUUACUUUUACGAGAUGGGUCGCACGGUCGCGGGCUGGGAUCCGAAUGGGCUUGGGGGGCCGGCGCCCUCGCCGGGGUUUCCGGAUGGAAAUCCCAAUUUGCCGUAUUUUCGAUUUCAUGGCGCGGACAUGCCGUGGGUGUUUGGAGCGUUUAAUACUGGGUUGCGGUUUAGAGAUGAGCGGGAUUGGUGGAGUGUGCAGUUGAGCGUGGCGUAUUUUGGGGCGUUUGUUAGGAGCGGGAAUCCGAAUCCCGAAGAGGGGUUUUUGGAGAGUAGAGGGUAUGAGGUUGUGAGGAAGGGGGUGGAGGAGACGGGGAGCUGGAAAGAGGUCGCGGUGGGGGGUGAGGAGGGGAGCAUGAUGGUGAUUGAUUGGCCCGCGAGGGUGGAGGGGUUUGCGGAGUUGGAACAGUGUGGUUGGUUGGGGUAUCCGGUGGAUUAUUAUGUCAAGGGGGGGAUUUAGUUGAUGUAUUCUUAUUCAUUGUUGGGAUUGGAAUAUGAAGGGAUUUGAAGAUUUGGUGGAAGUGAUAUAUAUA